AUGAUUGUGCGGUCUCUGAAUCGUGGCAGCGCUGCUGCACCAUGGCUCGUCUUCUCCUUUAUAUACCUCUCUGCUUCAAGCUUUGUCACUGCGCUCCCAGGCCAAGGGGGGGCCGGGUCAGUAUCAAAUGAUGAAGUUGUAGCACAACGCUCGCUGGUCGACUCAAAACCACUGUUGGGCGAAAAGGGUCUGCCGCAACAGCAUGCAUUCACUGCUGACGACAACGCGCCGUUACUCAGGGUUACACCACAAGAACCCAACACAUACCCUUCAACCUACACCGCCCUUCUCAACGCCCUCGAGACAAUGGAAAACCACUUCUUCGCCGUCGCUUAUGGAACCUGGCCCAAAGCCAUUGAUUGGACAGCCGCAGUAAUGGGCACUCAAGUCUCUGCAACCCUCCUCGCAAUGACAUCCUACGCUCAAACGCUCAAACCCACCUCUCUCCUCUGCAUAGACGAAGCACGCGACCACGAGAACCUAAUCAACCGUUACUUUACCCAAAUCACGUCUUUUUAUUUUGGCGAGAAUGCGUUCGCUUUGCGCACACAGGCCUACGAUGAUAUGUUGUGGGUAGUUCUCGGAUGGUUGGAAGCUAUAAAAUUCAUCAAGCUACACUCCUCGCUGCAUUACACCUCAUCCGACGACAAGAAUGCAACAUGGUACGCCAGCCAAUUCAUUCCCCAAUUCGCGCACCGCGCCCGCCUCUUCUAUGAUCUCGCCUCUCGCGGCUGGGACACUACUCUCUGCGGUGGUGGUAUGCUCUGGAAUCCCCACCUCGCGCCUUACAAGAACGCCAUAACGAAUGAACUCUACAUCGCUGCUUCGGUAAGCAUGUACCUAUACUUUCCUGGGGAUAGCGACUCCUCACCUUUCCUCACCCAUACGGGCCUACCGCCUGCGAAGGCACACGAUGUACGAUACCUGGACAACGCGGCGGAAGCUUAUAAGUGGUUGAAAGAGAGCAAGAUGAGGAACAAAGACGGGUUAUACGUGGAUGGCUUCCACAUCACCGGCUGGCGAGGCGGAAAGAAUGGGAGUAACGGGACAGGAAAAUGUGAUAUGAGGGCUGAAAACGUGUACACAUACAAUCAAGGCGUUAUCCUAUCUGGGCUGAAAGGGUUGUGGGAAGCUACGGGCUCAAGAUGUUAUUUGGAAGACGGGCAUGAACUGGUGCGCAACGUGAUCCGCGCGACUGGAUGGGAAGACCGUAACACGGAGCAACGAUACCGCUGGGCCGGUCUAGGAAGAGGUGGCGUGAUGGAGGAAUUGUGCGAUUGGAGUGGGUCAUGCAGCCAGAAUUCGCAAACGUUCAAGGGGAUCUACUUCCAUCAUUUGACGCUAUUUUGCAGUCCACUAAUCCGCCAGGAAUGGGGUGAAAACGGAGAGACUUUGCUAGACGAUGAAGAAACUAAACAGCUGCACCAAAAGAGCUGCGAGGAAUACGGUGAUUGGAUACGCCAUAAUGCGUUCGCUGCAUACCUGACGAGAAAUCAAGACGGCGAGUAUGGAGAAUGGUGGGGUAGGCCUGCAAGGCGGCGACGGCAUGGAGAUGAAGAGGACGAUGAGUUCGAGGGCCCGAAUACACAAGGGACGGAUUAUAGGAAUGAAGGCGUGCCGAUGGAUGAGAUAUGGCGACUGCCGGAAGACGAUGUAAUGUACAAAUGCGAUAUGGACAAGGACCUUGGGAAUCAGGAAAGGAGUUGGCGCGAUUAUGACGGGCGUGAUAAUGAAGUGAGAUCCCGCGACAUCAACGACAGAGGAAGAGGCAGGACUGUGGAAACGCAGAGCGGAGGUGUGGCGGUCCUGAGGGCGCUUUGGAGACUAGUGGAGUCAAAGCAGGAGGGGGGAUGA